AUUAAGAAAAUAAAUUUCUAAGAAGUUAACCAGUAAAAAUGUUUAUAUAAGGGGAACAAUUUCGUAAUUAAAGUAAAUUAUUAUCCAGGAAAAUUAAAUCCCUGCUCUCAUUGGACAAUUGUAUCUUUCCCGAAGUUCAUUAGUAUUGUUGACUCACUGACUUCUCCGGCGGCUGUAUUGCCUUCCUACCAGGUUGCCGCCGAUGAUGGCGUUCUCAUUGGCGGGCUUGAAUUUUCCUUCCUCCCCAGUCUGCAGAGCAUCUUUCACAUCUUGCUCCUCCUCGUCACCGUCGUCUCUUUCUCUCGACGCCGCCUACAUCAAACGCGCAGCCGAAUUAGCAGAUAGAUCUUCCGGGUUCACAGCGCCGCACCCUAAUUUCGGUUGUGUAAUAGCUACUACUUCAGGUACUGGAGAAAGGGUUGUCGCCGGUGAGGGGUAUUUGUACGCCCAAGGAACCACCCCGGCGGAGCUGCAGGCGGUGGAGGCCGCCGGAGAACGGUGCCGUGGCGCUACGGCUUAUCUCAACAUGGAGCCCAAUCAUUACCUCGGCGACCAAUCUGCUGUUUCUGCCCUUGUCCAGGCAGGAAUUAGUAGAGUUGUCAUUGGGAUCAGGCAUCCUUUGCAACAUCUUCGUGGAAAGGCUGUUCGUGCUUUUAAAAGUGAAGGAUUGCUCGUUGAUGUUCUUGGUGAGGAUCUCCAAUGUAAAACCAUAGAGGAAUGUCUGAAGUCCUGUCUUCUAGUGAAUGCUCCUUUAUUGUAUAGAGCCGCUUGUCGAGUUCCAUUCUCUGUUCUCAAAUAUGCGAUGACCCUUGAUGGAAAAAUUGCGACAAGUAGUGGACAUGCAUCAUGGAUAAGCAGCAAGAAGUCAAGAACCCGAGUUUUCGAACUGCGAGGCAGGAGCGAUGCUGUUAUUGUCGGAGGAAACACUGUACGCCAAGACAAUCCACGUCUAACAGCAAGACAUGGAGGUGGGCAUUUGCCCCAACGAAUUGUAAUGUCGAAAUCACUCAAUCUCCCCGAGGUUGCAAACUUGUGGGAUGUUACAGAAGUUCCCACUAUGGUUGCUACACAGAGAGGUGCAAAAAGAAGUUUCCAGAAGUUUCUUGCAUCGAAAGGUGUUGAAGUAGUUGAGUUCGAAAUUCUAAACCCAAAAGUCGUAAUGGAAUAUUUGUAUGAUCGUGGCUGUCUUUCGGUUUUGUGGGAAUGUGGAGGUACAUUAGCUGCAUCUGCUAUUUCUUCUGGCAUUGUACACAAGGUGGAUGCAUUUGUUGCCCCUAAAAUAAUUGGCGGCAGAAAUGCACCGUCUCCCGUUGGAGAACUUGGUAUGGUGGAAAUGUCACAAGCCCUGGAAUUAAUUGACGUACACUACGAGCAGGUGGGUCCCGACAUGCUUGUGAGUGGAUUUCUUCAUCCGGUUCCCGACUUGACACCUGUCAUCCCAUCAAUGGACGAAACUUCUGCAAUUGAUCCUACUGUUUCUCCAUACGAAGCGAGCAUCAUAUUCUUCUACAAAACAUGGGAUCCUUACGGAGCAUUCUCAAACUUCUCUUUACAUCCGAUUUGCUUGCCUGACGAAAAUGGAGAUAAUUACAGCUGGCCCAGUGUGGAGCACUAUUACCAGGCUUAUAAGUUUGUCGGGUUAGAUGAUCCCGUUGCAAGAAACUGUUUGGAAGAGAUAAAAAACGCAAAAAGUCCCGAGGAAGCAGCUCGUCUAGGACGAAAAACACAGAGGCAGCGCCCCGAUUUGGUGAGAUCGGAUUGGGAAUCUGUGAAGACGGAUAUUAUGUAUAGAGCUUUGAAGUGUAAAUUCUCGACGUAUCAUAAUUUAAAUUCGAUGCUGAUAUCGACAGUUGGAUCAGUUCUGGUUGAAGCAUCACCGCACGAUCUAUUCUGGGGUGGAGGUAGAGAUGGAGAAGGGCUUAACUAUCUAGGGAGGCUGCUUAUGCAGUUGCGGUCGGAGUUUCUGUCUGAUGCAAAGUCGAAUGCAGACAAUGGUACUCGUAGACAAGAGGGAAACGAGGUUCGGAAAUUGCCAUGAAAAUUAAUAAUCUGCUAAUGUAUAUUGAGUGAUGGAAUUAAUUAUAGAGGUGAGAAUAUAUUUUUGUAGCACUCGAUUUUUUGUUGCAUAAAUCAAUAAAAUUAGAAAGAGAAAGAAAAAAAGACAUAUUGAAAUGCCAGCUGGAUAAUUGUUAAUUGUGUGGUGAGCCAAUGGUUUGAUUGGACGGUUUUCAAGAAAUUUGAGCAGUAGUCAAUAUCAAAGUCCCACUUGUAAAAUUAUUAUUGCAUUUCUGACGUGGAGGGACAUGAGUGGCUAUAUUAAGCAA